AUGCAAAUUGAACAAGAUCAAGCUUUAUUACGUCUAUUUUCUAAUCAAAAGUUACCUGUUAUUUAUCCGUCAGAACUUUAUCCAUCCAUUUUACCCGAAGAUGAAACUGUCAAAGACCAAAGCCAAUCAUUUUCCGAUGUGCAGUCAGCAACAUUAAAUCUUUCAAAGAUAAAAACUACCUCGUCUCCUGGAAAUAUGAAGAAUUCCAAAUUAGAACAGUUACUUGUUGUCUCAGGAGAAAUUGCCCCUAACACAGAAGUCUCCAUUGUUCCCAAACCCCCUUCUAAGCCAUCGACUGAGAAAAGUGUGGAAGUUGUCAGUAAAAAUCAAUCUGUUCCAUCAUCAUUAUCUACACCUCUUUCUCCUAAUAAUCCUACUUCUAUCAUUAGUAGUAAACCAUCAAAUAUAGCUUUUAAUUUGACAAGAAAUCAAAUUGCGAUAGGUUCAACUGUAUCAUCAUUAGUAAAUUCUGCAUCAGUUUCAAAUGUCAAAGAAGAUGAUCCAAGCACUACUACUGGUAAUCUAUUCGUAAAAUCUACUUUAUUUAAACCGCAAACACCAUCAUCAUUGCUGAUCGUGAGUUCAUCUAGUGGCGGUGCUUCUAUAGCUCAAUCGUCUGCACCAUUUGACCUAAACAGUUCUAAAGUCACUAAUCUAGUUUUCCAAAAUACUGAACCUACUAUCACUACGACUAACAAUUCUAUUAUAACAUCUGUCACAACAAUCAAUCAAACAAGUUUCAUCGAUUCUAAUCCAGUUAUUCAUACUAACAGUUCAUUGUUCAAUCCUUUAGUUAUUCCUAAACCUAUUGUCACCAAUCCAUCGAAUGAUUUCGAUAAUGCUUCACCAUUUAACUUGCCUCAAACUACUACUGUUUCUUUUAAAUCACCUGGACUAUCAUCACUUUUACCAAUUCCAGUAUGUGGUAGUUCAGGUAUAAUGUUUGGGUCUGCACAAAGUCAAGUUAUCAGUACUGCCACUACCAAUACUGCGAUGAGUUCUUCAUUAAGUUCUCUUUUCACUGGUAUACCAUUGAGCACUAAAAGUACAAUAAUUACAAAUUCAAAUACUACAACAAAGUCCAAUGUUACAUUCAACAGUAGACCAUUAUUCGGUGCACCAAAUUUAGUUACAGCCACUACUGUUGUUUCAUCAACCUCCAGCACUGGUACAAAUAUCUUUUUGUUUGGCAAUGCAAAUCAGUUGUCUUCUACGAUUAAUAUGGAAUAUGUAACCACCGUUUCACAUGAGAAUACUGUGAUUUGUCUCACUGGAAUUUAUAUUUCGAAAAGUGAGGCUUUCAAUAAAACACCGACUAAAUUCGUCUCUUCAGUUUUCGGUGGUCUUUUUGCAGAAGCGGCGACCGUCAAUUCUCAACAGAUUACAUGUAAUUCAGCUAAUUGGGGUACUGGCCUUUUCGGCUCACCUAUGGGAUCCGAUACACAACCUAAAAACAAUUUAUUCUCUGUGUCAAACUGA